UGGCUAAUACAUGUCUCGCACUAGGACCGCUCAGCCGUAUGUCGUCAGCUGACGAGGCAGCCACAUAUAUGCGUCGCGAGCCUGUAUGGCCCGCAGCUUUUUCAGCUUGUUGCGAAAACGGAUGUUCCUGCCGUGCCAGGCCCAUGUCUGAAAACCCAGACAGACGGUCACAUUUAGCCAGAAAGUCAGCUUCACUCGAGUACGUCGGCGUAGAGAAAACAGCAGCAGAGCAAGAUGGAGUGUGAGUGGAAGCCAGACGAGCAAGGGCUCCAACAAAUUUUACAGCUGCUGAAGGAGUCUCAGUCGCCAGACACGUCCACGCAGAGAUCCGUCCAGCAAAGACUCGAGCAGCUCAACCAGUACCCAGACUUCAACAACUAUUUGAUAUUUGUUCUGACAAAGUUAAAAUCGGAAGAUGAACCCACACGCUCCCUGAGUGGGCUGAUACUGAAGAACAAUGUAAAAGCCCACUAUCAAAACUUCCCUAAUGGCGUGUCAGAUUUCAUCAAGAGUGAGUGCCUCCAAAACAUCGGAGACUCGUCUCCCCUCAUCCGGGCCACUGUGGGGAUCCUCAUCACCACCAUCGCCUCCAAGGGAGAACUACAAAAUUGGCCGGAGCUUCUGCCUAAACUCUGCCAGCUGUUAGAUUCUGAGGACUACAACACAUGUGAGGGAGCUUUUGGGGCCCUGCAGAAGAUCUGUGAGGACUCAGCAGAGAUCCUGGACAGUGACAUGCUGGACCGUCCUCUGAACAUCAUGAUCCCCAAGUUCUUGCAAUUUUUCAAGCACAACAGCCCAAAGAUUAGGUCUCAUGCCAUCGCAUGUGUUAAUCAGUUCAUCAUCAGCAGGACUCAGGCUCUUAUGCUGCACAUCGACCCUUUCAUUGAGAACCUGUUUGCGCUGGCGACAGAUGAGGAACCAGAAGUGCGGAAGAAUGUGUGCAGAGCUCUCGUCAUGCUGCUGGAAGUUCGCCUGGACCGUCUCCUGCCACACAUGCAUAACAUCAUAGAGUACAUGCUGCAGAGGACUCAGGACCAAGAUGAAAAUGUUGCCUUGGAGGCCUGUGAGUUCUGGCUUACUCUGGCGGAGCAGCCGGUGUGUAAGGAGGUGCUGUGUGGACAUCUCUCCCAGCUCACUCCGGUGCUUGUCAAUGGGAUGAAGUACUCUGAGAUUGACAUUAUCCUGCUCAAGGGAGACAUCGAGGAAGACGAAGCCAUUCCAGACAAUGAACAGGACAUCAGGCCGCGUUUCCAUCGCUCCCGCACAGUUGCCCAGCAGCAUGAGGGCGACGGGAUCGAGGAUGACGAAGACGAGGAUGAUGAACUGGAUGAUGAUGAUGAUACUAUCUCUGAUUGGAACCUGCGCAAGUGUUCAGCUGCAGCGUUGGACGUGUUGGCUAACGUUUUCAGGGACGACCUGCUGCUGCACAUUCUGCCUCUCCUCAAAGAGCUGCUCUUCCAUCCAGAGUGGGUAGUCAAAGAGUCUGGCAUCCUUGUGCUGGGGGCUAUAGCUGAAGGCUGCAUGCAGGGUAUGAUCCCAUACCUUCCUGAGCUCAUUCCCCAUCUCGUCCAGUGUUUGUCUGAUAAGAAAGCCCUGGUGCGUUCUAUCACCUGCUGGACACUGAGCCGCUAUGCCCACUGGGUUGUCAGCCAGCCGCCAGAUACGUACCUGAAGCCGCUAAUGACGGAGCUGCUCAAAAGAAUUCUGGAUAGCAACAAGCGUGUGCAGGAGGCGGCUUGCAGUGCCUUUGCCACUUUGGAGGAAGAGGCAUGCACAGAGCUGGUGCCCUACCUGGCAUUCAUCCUGGACACACUGGUGUUUGCUUUCAGCAAGUACCAGCACAAGAAUCUGCUCAUUCUCUACGAUGCCAUAGGAACACUCGCAGACUCAGUUGGGCACCAUCUCAAUAAACCAGAGUACAUCCAGAUGUUGAUGCCUCCACUGAUCCAGAAGUGGAACCAGCUGAAAGAUGAAGACAAAGAUCUGUUCCCUUUAUUAGAAUGUCUGUCGUCAGUAGCCACUGCCCUGCAGAGUGGAUUCCUGCCCUACUGCGAGCCUGUGUACCAACGCUGUGUCAACCUGGUUCAGAAGACCCUGGCUCAGGCCAUGCUUCAUCAGUCACAGCCAGACCAGUAUGAAGCCCCUGACAAAGACUUUAUGAUCGUGGCUUUGGAUCUUCUCAGCGGACUUGCUGAGGGUUUGGGAAACACCAUUGAGCAGCUGGUUGCUCGAAGCAACAUCCUGACGCUCAUGUACCAGUGCAUGCAGGACAAAAUGCCAGAAGUGCGUCAGAGUUCUUUUGCUCUGCUGGGGGAUCUGACAAAGGCGUGUUUCCAACACGUCAAACCCUGCAUCGCUGAUUUUAUGCCUAUACUGGGUACAAAUUUAAACCCGGAAUUAAUAUCAGUGUGCAACAAUGCAACAUGGGCAAUUGGAGAGAUUUCUAUACAAAUGGGGCCUGAAAUGCAGCCGUACAUUGCCAUGGUGCUGCACCAGCUGGUGGAGAUCAUUAACAGACCCAAUACCCCAAAGACUCUACUGGAGAACACAGCAAUAACAAUUGGUCGUCUUGGUUACGUUUGUCCUCAAGAGGUGGCACCCAUGCUACAGCAGUUUAUAAGACCCUGGUGCACCUCUCUACGAAAUAUAAGAGACAAUGAGGAGAAAGAUUCUGCAUUCAGAGGAAUUUGCACUAUGAUCAGUGUGAAUCCAGGUGGUGUGGUACAGGAUUUUAUAUUCUUCUGUGACGCAGUGGCCUCCUGGGUAAAUCCAAAGGAUGAUCUCAGAGACAUGUUCUGCAAGAUCCUUCACGGGUUUAAGAACCAGGUGGGCGAGGAAAACUGGAGCCGCUUCUCAGAUCAGUUCCCCAUGCCGCUUAAGGAACGGCUGGCAACCUUCUACGGGGUGUAACUGUUCCCACAGCAGUGUACCUCACCACUGGGGUCAUUCACUACGGGAGACAACAUAGGGAACCUCUUUUACCCAGGGAACAUGUUACCCUUUACUAGGGGGGUAGGGUCUGCCUGCUGAGGGGAGGGAAGGGGUGAGGACCCCUCCCCGACCUGACGGACGGGGUGGGAGGGAGGUGGUAGCUGCGGCGCUCACUGCCCCCAUGCACAGGCAACAGGGGGUCAAAGGGGCUGGCAGAACAACCUUAUCAUGGGAGGAAAAUUCAUCCAAUCACAUCUCAAUCAGAAAAUGAAAAACGAUCACCCUUUUUCUCUCCAUUUUAGUCCCCAAACAUGUUGUUUUUAUUUACGCGAACUACUGAAAAGAAAUGUACGCAAAUAUGGAGAAAAAACUUCGCAAGCACUGACAGGAAAUGGUCUUCAGAGCUGAUCUGCAUUUGUAAUCAUGUCAGCCAAGUAAACGGCAUGUGUUUGCUCUCAUCACAACUGAAUUCCACCAGUAGAAGAGGAAGUUAAGGCUUUUUCAAGAGAAAUAUUCUCUUAACACAAAGAUAGGUUCAAACUAAAGGAUAGCAGCUGGUGGUAAAACUGCAUCUUAUUGGAUUUAAUUUUAUGCUGCUGCAUAUCACCAAGAAUAAGUUUUUGCCUUUAGAGACAUCAGAUUAUUUCCUAUUUUUUAGCAGGGCAAAGGCUGUUAACUAUGUCACUGGAGAGCACAAGAUUUACGUUUAAAGAGCAGCUUUUCUGGGAAUAGGUAGCAUGCUUGUAUCGUUGUGAAAAGCUGUGGAACAUUAGUGAUGUGUGUUGCAUUUGACAGCUGUCAUUGCCCUGUGAUAAGGUUCUUCUUUGACCUUGUAAUUUAUCUAUUUACAGUACUUUUGUUUCCUCUACCAGAGAAUUACUGCAGCAAUCAGCUGUAACGUAGCAUGACUGGGUUAACACGCCGAAACUUAGGAAGUGUGUAAAAAUCUUGGCUGUGAUGUACCGUCGGAGUGAAUCUCCCAGUUUGGUCUUGUGGGUGUGAAUGUUGACGUGGACAUUCAUCAACAAGUAUAGCGAAGCUUUAGAUGCUUACAAUCCUUUAUACUGUCUGAGCCUCAUGAAGGAGAGAUGAAGGAGAGACACCACGACACGAAUCCUGUCUUAGUGAUUUUUGUGACUUCGGCUGUCAGAACCACGCAGUCCAUCGGAUGAAUGUUGAAUAUGUUUAUUUCUCAAUGUACUGAAGUUUUUUUGUUUGUUUGUUUUUCCUUGGGUGUUUGGCUUCUUGUGCUAAAAGCAUGAUCUUGAGGAUGACUGUAUAAUGUUUUGGGUGGUUGUGUAUUGUGGGGUACUUGGAUGCUUUCAUCUCUUGCAUGUUGGUGGCCCCUCACACCCCAACAUAUAGUGGGAAGAGGAUUAUGGGAGGGAGGGGAGCUUCAAUUAAACUAAAGGUUUAACGAGUACAUAGUAAACAUUUAUGUAUCGCAACACUGGGACUUUUAUAAUUUCACAUUUUCUUGCUGGAGUGUUCGCCCUAAACUGUCCCCCCCCAUAGCUGGAUGUAUAGUUUUUAAAUGCUGUGAAACUACAACAAUGUUAUUGUCUCUGGUUGUUUUGCGCUGUUAUAUUUUAUGAAGUGUGUAAGUGUUUAAGUUACAGAAAGCCUGAAUGUAUUCCAUGAUGGGUCCGAGAGAUGGGAUGAUUUUUUUUUUUCUUUUAUUGUUUUAUUUUUUUAAUGCCCAGCCAGUCAUUUUCCUCUGCUGGCCAGAGUAAUAACUGCAGUAUUUUAAUAACAUGCACUCAAAAUUUAAAUCGCAAGUGCUUAAAAUUAACGAUGUAGCCAAACCCCUUAAGAUUAUGACCUUAGUGUUAAUUGCUGCUAAAAUGUAUUUACCUAAUGCAAUAAGUCUCUUGAUGCAAACGGGGUGAUUCUUAGAUUGUGGAAGUAGUUUAAUGUGUUAGAUAAACUUUCACAAUACCAAAUAUGUAACAGCACUCUUAGAUUUAACAUUUAUAAGAUAAACUGUGGUAAAUUUAAGGCAUCAUGGAAUACAGAGGCGAAGACUUGUAUGUGCCACAUCAUUUUGUGUUUUGGAGUGAUUUUGUCUGUCACAUUCCAGCUGUUUGGCAUGCAAAAAACGGAGUAAUCACGGCUUGAUGGGGUGUGUGUAUACACAGUCCUGUUAUUCUUUCACCGAAAGAGUUUAGGUCUAUAAAACACACACAUUAGAACACAGUCCCACCAUCACUGUGCUGUAUUUCUGACUCGACUGCUGCUAUACAUCGUAGUUGUGUUUCACUACUUGAAUAUGUGUUUUCUAUGUGUUAACCUCAGGUCGUCUGUGUUCAGUGUUAUUUGUUAUCAUUUCCCUAAUGUGUAUGCCUUUAUGCAUCUCCUCUCAACAACUAAAGAUUAGUAAAACUAUCGCCCUGCAUAUUAGAAACGGAGUACCGUGGGUGUUAAUUGACAUUAAUGUUAUUUGUGAAACACUGCUAGCUGUCAAAUGUGAUUGCAAUUGCAAGACGGGGGGGAGAAUAAAAUGGUAACUUGCACAUACUUAAUGUGCUUUUUGUCAAAAGUGAUUGUUAACAGACUACAGUAAAUACUUAGUGUAAUGUGUACACAUUGCCUUGAGAGUAAAUACUUUCAGGUUUUGUUGAUAGUUUGCAAUAGAUAUACAGUAUACUGUAUCUGGAGAAACAGAUAACGCCUAAUUUAAAAGCAAGGAAAUAGGUUGACAAUUUAUAAACAUAUUGUUACAAACAUAAUGUUUGACUUUCUAUGAAGCUUUAUUGAAAAUUUGUAUUUUAUAAAGCACCCACCAAUAUUAAGGAAUGUCUAGUCAAAGAACUCCUGUAUUCUCAUUUAGCCUUCGAUCUUGAUUAGACUAUCUGCCUUCAUCUUUGCUAGUAAAAGCAAAAACAUCAUUUUGAUAGACAUGGUUUGAUUUUUUUCUUCUUUUUUUUUUUUAAUGAGCUGCUGAAUUUUAAAAAAAGUAAUACUUUUGGGGCCACCAAAUAUUUUGGAUCAUGCAAAGAAUCUAUAUUGUACUGUAGUAAUUUUGUAAUAUUUGUAAGAUGAUAUAGUGGAUGUGACUGGUUACCAUUGCUUGAAUCUGUACAUUGUUCCAAUAAAUUGUUUACAUUA